CUAUGCGUUCGUGCUAGAGGAUCCUUCAAAACCAAGAAAAUAUCAGCUUAAUUUCAAUCUCGACACUGAAUACGUAAAAGAACCCACACAAAUGGAUCAAUCAAUAUCACAUCACCAAGAAUUGAUUCCGAUUCCACCACCUGUUUCCCAGGUGACUCCGUCCGCUCAUCGACACCCUUACCACCAUCAACCAUACCCAUACCAAAAACAACACGAAUCUUUGAUGACCUCAUCUACACGACCUCAUUUACCCCCAUUACAACCCUCUAUUAUGGAAACUCCCUCGACCUCGAAUUCUUCCUCUUUCAAUUACACUCAGUCGGUCUUCCCUAAUCAAAAUAAUAUGAAUCAAGGUGACAAAAGCGAUCGUGGAUUUCACGAGAGAAUGGAUCAACCGAACUUGCAUCCUUCAUCUAUACCGACGUCAUUGCCAGCAGCCGAUCAUCAAUCAUAUCAGCAAAUACAACAACAACAGCAUAAUCAACAAACUCAGCAUCAUCAUCAUAAUCAUCAUCAUAACAACCAACAACAAAAUCUUUCGCACACACAUCACUAUCAGCAAAAACAUCACCACCCGGUGAUUACAAAUAAUUCAUCGCCGUCCUCGACGGUUUCACAGA